AUGUCUCCGAGGAAACGAAAAGCCGAUCUUGAGAGAGAGAUCAGGGAGUUAAAGGCAGAACUCAGCAUCGCCAAGAAACAAAUCGGCAAGCCGAAUGAUAUCGACAAUGACAAUGAUGCCACUACUUGUGGCUGGGAGGAGUCAGAGCAGCGUGUUCGUCUUCUCACCUGUCUCCGAGGUGAUGCAGCCGAUUUUGUCUUCCAGCAGCUCGCCCCCGACGACAUCGCUGACUUCGUGAAUUUGAUAUCUGCGCUCGAGCAUCGUUUUGCUGCAAGGAAGACGCCUUCUACGUUUGUGUCGCAGCUAGAAUUACGCCGUCUUGGUCAGAAGGAAUCAAUUGCUGACUAUGCUGCAGAUAUUCGCCGCCUCACGACAUUUGGCUACCCGACGGCGGAUGCUGCAACAAGAGAAAUGAUCGGGACCCGCCAUUUUCUUCGAGGGCUUGGUGAUAGCUCUAUGGCUAUGGCUAUAGGGAUGCGAGAGCCAUCGACUCUCCAAGAAGCUCGGGAGAUUGCUGAGCGAUUUCACCAUCUCCAAGAGGAAUCCGGCAGAGGAGCUCGACAAAUCCGAUCGGUGUCAGCGACGUCAGAGGACGCGGUGAACAAUGAAAAGUAUAUUGAGUUAAGGCGCCGCAUCAUCUCCAUUGAUGAGCGAAUUGAACAACUAACUAAACUUUUUCUGCAGCCGCCACGAGAUGAUCCAGAACGACCAGCGAGACAGCCGAGAGAGCAGCAACCUCGUGAUCGACCACCACCUCGUUGCUAUAAUUGUCAGAAGCUUGGUCAUCUUGCCCGUAACUGUCGUGUACCACCCCAAAAUGGUGGCCAAAUUCCUGCACCCCAGUAUUUUAGCAGUCGACCGAACUGGGUGCCACAACAACCGCCACAACCUCCACAAUGGCAGCAACCUCUUCCUUUUCAGCCGCAGCUGCCGCAGCAACAAUUCCCGCCACCCCGGCAGUGGCAGCAACGCGUACCAUUCCAGCCGCAACCACCGAAACAACAGGCAGCAGAACCAGCCAGGGACAAUACUUCGGGAAACUAA